GAGAACCAAGGACAUUUCUGAAACUGUUGCUUUCAGGGACAAAGUUUUCUUAAAAUUAACCUUUUAAAUUUAUUUUGAAGACACCAAGGUCUGGGAGCCACGUGACUCGAGCCUUGUUUAUAAAAGUACCAAGCGAGGUUUUGGUUUUCCGCAGUCUUUGGACUUCAGCAUGAGCACGUCUAGGUGGCUGGCGUGUGUCGCGGUGUUUUCUGUCUUCUGUGUCUUAAAAGCCAGCUCUCUGGACACUUUCCUCGCGGCUGUUUACGAGCAUGCGGUGAUCCAACCUAAUGACACCCUGUUGCCGGUGUCUCACAGCGAGGCUCUGGCAUUAAUGAACCAGAAUCUGGACAUUCUGGAAGUAGCGAUCGUGUCGGCGGCAAAGCUGGGUGCGCACAUCAUUGUGACUCCAGAAGAUGGUAUAUACGGCGUGCGUUUCACCAGGGAUACUAUCUACCCAUAUCUGGAGGAUAUCCCAGCCCCUGAAGUAAACUGGAUACCCUGUGAUAACCCGAAAAGAUUUGGCUCUACCCCAGUGCAGGAGAGACUCAGCUGCUUGGCCAAGAACAACUUCAUUUAUGUCGUGGCGAACAUGGGGGACAAGAAACCAUGCAACACCAGUGACUCUAACUGUCCGCCUGAUGGCCGAUUCCAGUACAACACUAAUGUGGUGUUUGAUUCCCAGGGUAAACUGGUUGCGCGAUACCAUAAGCAAAACCUCUUCAUGGGAGAAGAGCAAUUCAAUGCCCCCGUGGAGCCUGAGACUGUGACUUUUGACACACCCUUUGGAAAGUUUGGCAUCUUCACCUGUUUCGACAUUCUCUUCCAUGAUCCUGCUGUCGCCCUGGUGACAGACUUCCACGUGGACACCAUCAUCUUCCCAACUGCCUGGAUGGAUGUUCUUCCUCACCUGGCAGCCAUUGAGUUCCACUCUGCUUGGGCGAUGGGCAUGGGGGUCAAUUUCCUAGCGGCUAACCUGCAUAACCCCUUGAAUAGGAUGACAGGAAGUGGAAUCUAUGCCCCUGAUUCUCCAAGGGCCUUUCACUAUGACAGGAAAACCCAGGAAGGAAAACUCCUCUUCACGCAGCUGGAGUCUCACCCGCGUCAUUCCCCGGUGAACUGGACUUCCUAUGCCAGCAGUGUAGAAGCGUCCCCAACCGAAAACCAGGAAUUUCAGAGCACUGUCUUUUUUGAUGAGUUUACCUUCGUGGAGCUGAGAGGGAUCUCAGGAAAUUACACCGUUUGCCAGAACGAUCUCUGCUGUCACCUAAGCUACCAGAUGUCUGAGAAGAGAGCCGACGAGGUCUAUGCCCUUGGGGCAUUUGACGGGCUGCACACGGUGGAGGGGCAGUAUUAUCUGCAGAUCUGCAUUCUGCUUAAAUGUAAAACUACCAGUUUAAGCACCUGCGGCAGUUCAGUGGACACGGCUUCUACCCGGUUCGAAAUGUUCUCCCUCAGCGGCACGUUCGGGACCCAGUAUGUCUUCCCGGAGGUGUUGCUGAGUGAAGUUCAGCUUGCACCUGGGGAGUUUCAGGUGUCAAGUGAUGGGCGCCUGGUUAGCCUGAAGCCGACGUCUGGGCCUGUGUUAACAGUCGGUCUCUUUGGGAGGUUGUAUGACAAGGACUGGGCAUCGAAUGCGUCCUCAGACCUCCUAGCACACUCGCUGAUAAUAAUGCUCAUUGUGACACCUAUUCUACAUUACUUGUGUUGAUGUGAUUUUUUUACAUUUUUUAAAAAUUUUAUUUAGAAAAUUUAAAAUUGGUGGAUGCAGAAAAAAAAAUACCUGCUUGCCUACGGUGGACUAGGGUGUAAGCAAAUAAAGUCCCCCUUCUUUAGAGAAACAUAUACACACCAGAUACAUUUCAGGAUAAACAAUAAAACCUUGAGCGUUGGUCUGUCUUGGAACUGAGAUGAAGAGCCAAAUGAAAGCCACACGUGUUUUAUUCAGAAGAAAUAAAAAUUACAGUUAAAAGGCACUUCAAAAUAUCUUAAUAUUGAUUUGCAAGAGCUUUGAAUCUAUUAUACAUCUUACUCAGUAAUGCUUAAAAUUUCCAAUGUGUUUGUUCAUUUGGGCUAUUAAGUAUUUAUCUCAACAAUACAUUUCCAUUCUCUCAUGGAACAAAUCCUGUAGCUUUAAUUAAGUUCAAGUCCCAGUUUCCACAACCUCAGAAUGUGACUGCCUUGGUAUCUUGGGCCAUAAAGACUCAAGUGGUGUCAUUAGCAUGGACUUUAAUCCAAUAUGACUGAUAUCCUCAGAAGAAAUCAGGACAAAGGCAAGCGUCAAGUGAAGCCCUUGUGAACACAGAAAAAGAUGGUCAUCUACCACAAGGAAAGGGGCCUCAGGAGAAAGCAAACCUGCUUUCAACGUGUCAGACGUCCAGGCUCCCAGAAUCACGAGGCAAUAAAUUUCUCUUUUAAACA